UCAGCCAAAUUUAGCAGGACAACUUGUAUGUAAACACUUGAAUAUUCUGUUCACUAUAAAUUUAAGAGGUAUAUAGCAUGUAGGUUCCAUACUAGCACAACUCCGUUAAAAUUAGCCUUAACAUGACGACACAUAGGAAGCAAAUCAAUACUGAAAUGAAUAAAUUCUCAGAUAUAGAAUACAAGCGUCAAAUAUCGUAUAAUACUUACAAAGACAAAAAUGCGAUGAAAUUACACUCUGACUGAACCAUCUGUUACAUUAUAUUGCAUUGUUUGAGAUAAAAUAACGAAGAAGUAAAGCGACGAAACACAAAUUGAAAAGGAAGUGAAACACACAUAAUCAGAACCACGAUUCUAUUGGAAACGCUAUGAUAAGGAUACUCAUUCUUAUUGCAAUUCUUAUAUCGCAUGCUGCAACCUCAGAGUUCACUUGGAAAGAGUGCCAAGGAUUGGGUAAACAAAGAUGUUAUUAUCAAUAUAGCCAGUACAUAUCCAGCAGAAGAGAUUGUGGAGGUUACAAGGACUUUUUGAAAUGUUUCACUCCUAAUGUCGAACGUUCAUGCCAUAGCCGCUUCAAGAGGAAUCACUGGUGCUACCACGCCACUAACAAUUCCAGAAACAAUAAGAUUUCUGUUGAUUUGAUAUUCUUGUCAAUCAUUCUAUGUGAGACAUAUGUAACUGGAUUUGUGGUUGAAUACGUUCUUGCCAACUAGGAUUUUGUGGGAAUGUUGUCGUUUUCUCUUCUUUUCACAACAUAGUGGGGUUGCGAUAUUCUCGGAUUCAUACUUCAGUUCGUUGAGGUCUGUAAUAUCAACAUCUGGAAUAUUUUGCUCAAUAUGAAUGUAUCAAGUAUAUAUUAAUUAGGUUUCAUACAAGCUUAUCUCCAUUCCAUUUUGCUUUAGCAUGUCGAUACAUAGAGAGCAAAUGAAUACUGAAUAUGCUACAUUCUCACAUAAACCAUAUAAACGUCAAAUAUUGUACAUUACAUAUGAAAAUACAAAAAGAUUAUAAGGACAUUACACUCUCAAUAAAACAUCUGUUACAUUAUAUUGCAUCGUGUAAGAUAAAGUAACGAAGAAGUGAAUCGAGGAAAGAAAACUAACAAGGAACUGAAACAUACAACAUCAGAACUAGUAUUUUACAGGAAACACCAUGCACAG